AGGUGCAGCCAUAUCAGAGUUCUGGGGAAUGUCUUUGUACUGGAUGUGAGCGUUAAGCCUUUCUGUGGAAUGCUAGCUUUUAGGGCGUCAGGGGUCUUAUCAGCAGGUCUGACGUGGCCGUUGAGGUGUGACCUCUCCUUCAUUCAGUCUCACGUGCCGCUCCUGACUGCUCACGUCUCUCCGUCACAGAGCACAGGCAUGGCGGCCGACUUCGGGCAGCAGGUGAAGAAGGUGGCCUUGGCCUUAGGAGCCUCCCUGAGCGACCAGGACAUCGAGCGCAUUCCCAGGGAGAUGCGGCUGCAAGGGAACUUCAACUACAGCUUAUUCUUGGAGUACAUGCGACAGUUCAAGACCUCGGAGGAGAAGGAAGAGAUGAUCGGGAAGGCCUUCCGCACGCUGGACAAAGAUGGCAGCGGCUACAUCGAGUGGAACGAGAUCAAGUACAUCCUGUCCACCAUUCCCAGCUCGGUACCCUUGGCGCCGCUGUCGGACGAUGAGGCAGAAGCGAUAAUGCAGGCCGCAGACGUCGAUGGCGAUGGCCGAAUCAACUUCAAGGAGUUCUCCGAGAUGGUGACACUGGAGAAGAAACCAAGGAAAUGAACGCUGGACCAACAAAGAACAGCUGGAAGGUUCCAGGGAGGGUGAGGCUCUGUGCCGAUUUGGACCAAUCGACCGGCACCUUGGACCCCCGGGACACAGAACAAGGCCUGUAAUUUUAACCCGGAACUGACACGUCGAUGUAAGAUUUUUUCAAACCACUGUGUUAAAAAAAGGGGGGAACAAAGAAGUUUUACCCGUUUCAGACAGAGAGAGAUAAGCAGAGGGAAUACGUUGGGUUUUCCUAAGCCAGUCAUUUAAAUGGCAUGU